AAAUCAUGAAUCCUGUGUAUAGCCCUGGAUCUUCUGGGGUUCCCUAUGCAAAUGCCAAAGGAAUUGGUUAUCCAGCUGGCUUCCCAAUGGGCUAUGCAGCGGCUGCUCCUGCCUAUUCCCCUAACAUGUAUCCCGGAGCAAAUCCUACCUUCCAGACAGGUUACACACCAGGCACCCCAUACAAAGUAUCUUGCUCACCCACUAGUGGUGCAGUGCCACCGUAUUCUUCAUCGCCGAAUCCCUAUCAGACUGCUGUGUACCCAGUUCGAAGUGCCUAUCCACAGCAGAAUCCGUAUGCACAGCAAGGCACUUACUACACACAGCCUUUAUAUGCAGCACCACCCCACGUAAUUCACCACACCACGGUUGUGCAGCCGAACGGCAUGCCAGCGACCAUGUAUCCGGCUCCGAUCCCACCGCCGAGAGGAAACGGUGUGACGAUGGGGAUGGUGGCUGGGACGACUAUGGCAAUGUCAGCAGGUACUUUGUUGACAACUCAUUCCCCAACUCCAGUAGCCCCUCAUCCCGUUACUAUGCCCACGUACCGGGCUCCAGGAACGCCAACCUAUAGUUAUGUGCCCCCGCAGUGGUGAUCAUCCUGGCAGUCAGUGUUUGAAGAUGGGAGAUAUGCAAUCAAGAAAUUGAGGUUUAAAAGUUGGUGCUGAAGCCCUCAUGCCUCCAACCAGGACUUUUCUUCUGAACGCUUUCAACACUUGGCUAAACACUACUAAUUCCUGAUCACUGAAGAUUUUCCAGUGCUGCAUAUCUUACAUCUUGGAACUCCAGCAGUUAGUCUUAAAGCAAAUCCUGUUUUGUGGACUGUCUUGCAAUUUUUUAGCUAAUUAUAAUGAUAAAAAGGGAGUAUAAAUUUAUUCUGAUCCAUAUCUAGUUGAAUGCAUGUUAAAACACAAAAAACAAAGCUUGCUCAAUCUACCUGCAGUGACUGAUGCAAAAACCAUCAUAUGCAAAUCCAAAGGAACCGAGAAGUAUUUUACAACUUGUAUCACUAAUGCACUGUUGUAACGUAUGCAGGGUCUUAAGAGGUAGAAUCAUGAAAGUGAGUUUCUUUACAGAAUACCGUAACAUACAUUAGAGAAGUGCUUCAGCCUUUUUCGGGUUGAUGGAGUUGCCAGUUUAAAGGGGGCAUAUUUUUAUUUAAGUGAUGUAUUCUUUUCAAAUUCAACUACUAAAUUGGAGCGACUGGAAAAUUAGUCAGACAAGCUGUAGAAAUCCCGCACACAAUUAGUUUACUUCAUACCUUUUCAUUUUCAUUACAUGGAUUCAGUGUUAUACAGAUGUUCUUAGGGUUGAGAAU